AUGGUCUUUCCGAUAUGGCGACGACUCCCACCUCCCACCGCCUCUUUUCUCUUCGCCUUCCUCCCUCCUGACUUCUCCCUCCUCUCCCGCCGCCUCCUCCUCCACCUUCCUCGCUUCCUUCCCGCCUACUUCCACUUCCCCCAGGCCUGGGCCCACCUCGCCGACACCCACCAGCACCAAAAGUCCCAGCUUUCCUCCGACCUCUUUCACAUAUUCUUCUUCGCUUAUUCCAAAGCCAACCUUGCCGCCGACGCUAUACGAGCUUUCAACCGAAUGCACGGCUUCGGUUUGCAGGCUAACGCCGACGACCUCAACAUCCUGCUCUACGCGCUGUGCAAAUACGGUCACGUGACCGAUGCGCGCGAGUUGUUUCACAGGGUUAGGUCGGAUUUCAGCAUAACCCAGAAGACGUAUAGCAUUUUGAUGCAGGGCUGUGCGAGGAAAGGGAAGCCCAAGGAGGCGGUUCAAAUGUUUGACGAAAUGCACCAACGAGGGUGUGAAGUUGAUGUCGCAGCUUAUAACGCUUUGCUGGCUGCUUUGUGUAAUGGAGGGGAGAUGGAGGAGGCGGAGAGGCGGUUGAAGGAGAUGAGGACGGUGCACGGGCUCGAUCCGGAUGCGGGUACGUACGCAGUUUUCGUUCGUGCAUACUGUGAAGCCGGAGACUCGAGCUCUGCACUUAGAAUGCUUGAAAACACGAAGAGGAAGGGUUUGGUGCCAAAUGUGUUCACUUAUAAUUGCGCAAUUAGAUUGUUAUGUGAGAAAGAAGAGAAAGCGGAGGAAGCAUACGAGUUGCUCGACGAAAUGCUUGACAGAGGACUAGAACCGGAUGUCUGGAGCUACAACAGGAUUCUAGCGUUUCACUGUAAACUCCGUGAGGCGAAUAAAGCCACGAAGCUGCUAAAGAGAAUGGAUGAGGCUGGUUGCUUGCCUGAUCGGCACACGUACAAUAUGUUAAUCAAGAUGUUGAUUGGAGUUGGGAGGAUUGAUAGAGCCAUGGAGGUUUGGGAUGGAAUGGAGGGGAGAGGGUUUUUCCCUUCGGCAUGUAGUUAUGCGGUGAUGAUACAUGGAUUGUGUAGGAAGAAAGGGAGAGUGGAGGACGCGUGUCGGUAUCUUGAGGCAAUGGUUGAUGAGGGGGUCCCCCCGUAUGACAGUACUUGUGUGUUGUUGAGGAGUGAAUUGUUGAGGGUUGGGUUGAGGGAGAGGGUCGAGGUGGUUGUUGAUAGGAUGAGGAGGAGCUCUUCGUGUAAGAUUCAAGAGCUUUCAAGGGUUAUGGAGACGGGGAAGGGGAUUGAGAAGGAAGAAAAGGCUAUUUAUUGCGGAAAUAAAAGAAUCUCCGAAUGACAUGAUCAUGAUUAACUUAAGGGAGGAGAUAACUUUAAACAGAACUGAUAGUAGAAUAGAACUUAUGUAGCCGAUUCCAAAAUUUUAAGAUUAAUGGUUUUGUUACUCUUUUGUUGUUUUUGUUGGUAACGAGGAACUUUGAUUGGUGUGUGGCCUCCCUCAGGUUUGGCUUGAGUUCCAAGUUCCAACCCCAAACAAACCUCCGAGAAUAUGGCCCCCACCUUGCCCCCUCAGGAUCUCAGGUUAGUAGACGGGGAUUCGAACCCUGGCAGUCGAGCUGAGUGGCAGGAAAAAUUCCUACCAUCUGGGCGCCCCCAGUGUGGGUAUUAUUGUUGUUGUACAGGAAGCUUGGUUUUGUUGUAUUCUUGUUGUAAUGAAUGAGCAUAAGCUGGGCAUGCAAUUUGAAAUGUGAAGCACCCCUCUUUGUCACCGUUUGAUGUAGUCUAUUUAUUUCAGAGUGAGGAAGAACGCUUGAAGAAUCUA